AUGGUUUCUGCGGAUCGUCAGCUCAUCUUGGAGACUAACCGGUCUCUCCGGAACAUCAAGACGGAGCUGGAAAACCUUUUAGAAAAGGGCGUGAUUGAUGAGGCCGUCUUCGAUCAGAUACAUUCAGCUCUGCCUCAAGAGUCGCCGCUCUCUGGGCCCCUACGAAGGGCAAACGCGAGUACCGGCUCCGCGACUGCUGCCAACGAGGGCCCUGCGCCCGCAAACGGCGGCAGCACCGUCUCUCCGCCCCCUCCACCUACCCAGCAGAUGCAGAGUCUUGGGAUCGGCAAUCCGCCCUCGGGAUCAGGCACGCCAUCCCCGGCACCGCCGUCUUAUGAUUCCACGCCGGCUCCCGGGGUGCCCAACCGCUCCGGCAAGCCUGUGCUCGCCCAUGUCCGGGCCCUGUACCGCUAUGUCGCAUCCGACAACCGCGACGUGUCGUUUGACAAGGACGACAAAAUCGUCGUGUACGAGUACAUGAACCAGGACUGGUGGAUGGGGCAAAACACCCGGACCCAGCAGGAGGGCAUCUUCCCCCGGAACUAUGUUCUCGUCGAGCACAAGGAGGAAAAAUCGGCCCCGUACGCUGGGCCGUACAGCCAACCCCAGUAUGGAUACCCGCCCCCCGGCCAGGGGCCGCCGCCGCAGCAGAAUCCUUACAACUCGAACGUGCCUCCGAUGGCUGUGGCCCAGGGCGGACAGGGGGCGGCUGAGGGCCAGCAAGGCGAUGGCAACAAAGUGAACGAAUACGGCAAGAAGUUUGGCAAGAAGCUGGGUAAUGCUGCGAUAUUCGGUGCGGGCGCCACAUUGGGUGGUAACCUUGUCAACAGCAUCUUCUGA